AUGACACUGCUGAUCCUGCUGACGCUGUUCGGAGUCUGCACCGGACAAUUCAAACCCAACGUGGCUAAUGGAAGAACGUCUAUUGUCCACUUGUUUGAAUGGCGCUGGGAGGACAUUGCGGAAGAAUGUGAACGCUUUUUGGGUCCAAAUGGGUUUGGAGGUGUCCAGAUUUCACCUCCUAAUGAGAAUUUGGUUGUCACCAACCCCUUCAGGCCCUGGUGGGAGCGAUACCAGCCAAUCAGCUAUAAGAUCUGCAGCCGAUCUGGUGAUGAACAACAGUUCAGGGACAUGGUCACCAGAUGUAACAAUGUUCAGGUUAAUAUUUAUGCAGAUUCCGUCAUUAACCACAUGUGUAGCUCCGAAAUUGGAAAAGGGAGUUCUUCCACAUGCGGCAGCUCCUACGAUACAUAUAAGAAGAGCUUCCCUGGCGUGCCGUAUUCCUAUAAAGACUUUAAUGAAUAUAAAUGUAAAACCGAUGAUGGAGAUAUUGACAACUAUGAAGAUGCAGAACAGGUCAGAGACUGUCGUCUUGAGGGUCUACUGGAUUUGGCUUUAGAAAAAGACUAUGUCCGCGAGAAGAUUUCGGAGUACUUGAACAAGCUCAUUGAUAUCGGGGUGGCCGGAUUUAGACUUGAUGCCUCUAAACACAUGUGGCCGGGGGACAUUCAAGCCAUUGUCACCAGACUCAACAACCUGAACACUCAGUGGUUCCCUAAUGGGUCUCGUCCUUUUAUUUUCCAAGAGGUGAUUGAUCUCGGUGGAGAAGCAUUGUCAGUCCAGGAGUAUUAUGACGUUGGACGGAUAACAGAAUUUAAAUACGGGGCCAAACUUGGAAUGGUAUUUCGGAAGUGGGACAAUGAAAAGAUGGCAAAUCUAAAAAAUUGGGGAGAAGGCUGGGGAUUAAUGCCGACUGACAGGGCCACAGUUUUUAUUGACAAUCACGAUAACCAAAGAGGUCAUGGAGCCGGUGGAGCUUCUAUCCUCACCUUCUUUGACUCACGCUUGUACAAGAUGGCAGUGGGCUUCAUGUUGGCCCAUCCUUAUGGAUUUACCCGCAUCAUGUCAAGUUAUAGCUGGCCUAGGCACUUUGUAGAUGGAAAAGAUAUAAAUGACUGGGUUGGACCACCAAGCCACAGUGAUGGGUCCACUAAAGCAGUGACUAUCAAUGAAGACGGCACAUGUGGCAAUGGCUGGGUGUGUGAGCACAGAUGGAGACAGAUAACGAAUAUGGUCAUCUUCCGGAACGUGGUCAGUGGUCAGGCUCUCACUAAUUGGUGGGACAAUGGAGAAAAUCAGAUCGCUUUUGGACGUGGAAACGCGGGUUUCAUUGUGUUUAAUAAUGACUGCCGGGACAUGGAUGUCACCUUGACCACUGGACUCCCUGCUGGCACUUACUGUGAUGUCAUCUCUGGGCAGAAGGAUGGCACCCGUUGUACCGGUACCGAGAUCACCGUGAGCAGCACCGGCUCCGCCCACUUUACUAUCACCUGUUCAACUGAGGAUCCAUUUAUCGCCAUUCAUAUGAAUUCUAAACUGUAACACCACACUACAUCUAUUGGGGGAGAUUUAUCAAAACCUGU